AUGGGAUCACCAUCACAGAUCAGCAUUUCAAGCACCAAUGCAUCCAUCGUCGCACGCUUAGGCGCCGCACGCAUCGAUGGCCGCAGUGAAAACCUCCGGCACCGGCAGGACGAACUUCGAUCCCUCCAUGAAGCACUCUCCAAAGCUCACGAGCAGCUUCAAGCAGCGAUGCUAGCAGACACUGGGCACUCAGCAGCGGAGAUCAACCUCGAGUUCUCCAUGGCUCUGCAGACGGUGUGCCACCACUACGAUUCGCUGGAUUUCCGGCAGGCCCAGGACGAGGAAUACCAGGUUGAACAGGGACAUGACCACACAGGGCGGCGCAUGAACGUGGGAGUGGUGUAUAUCAGACCCUCGGCGCUGUCAUCGUUGUUCUCGGUUGUUGCGCCGUUGGCGGCAGCGAUGGCGGCGGGAAAUGUUUUGAUAUUGGAGGUAUUAGCGACGCUGUACCAACUACCCCACCUGCUCUCGAAGGUCCUCGUCGAAGCUCUGGACGCUGAUACCUUUGCGAUUGUCUCAACGCCUCUCAGCGAUGAGGCACUCCGAUAUUUAUCCGCUCACAGGGUUCUGACCGAUCUCGGUCGACCUGCGGAUGACACCCAUGCAAACGUUCUCGCAUCCUGCUCAGGCAGCCGGGUGAUCGGAGUCGUCGACCGCACCGCCGACAUCACGCAAGCAGCUAAGGCAAUAGUCCGAGCACGAUUUGCCUUUCAGGGCAAAUCUGUUUACGCACCAGAUGUCAUUCUGGUCAAUGAAUUCGUGAAAAGCUCACUCCUCGAGAGCGUGGUCAAGGAGGCGACAGUUUACUUAAGCCAGACGCCUGCCAGGAAUACAGAGCCAGCAGUGCUCCGACAGCACGCAGCAGUCCGGAAACAGAUGGCCAGCAUCGUGGCAGAGAAUCGGGGAAAUAUAAUUGCCCUGGGCGAGGCAGCGGGUAUAAUGGACCUGGCGUCUAGAAGAGACGCAGCCAUCCUCGCGACUAAGAUGACGUUGCCUCUACUUGUCUUUCUGUCGUGCACGAGCCUUGAUGAUGCUAUCAACUUUGCCAGCUGUAAUAGCGACGACGACCUCCUCGUUGGCACUCCAUACUUGGCCUCCUACGUAUUUGGAAGUCCAGAAGUCGCUCGAUACCUGUCUCAAGGGCUGAGUGCCUGCGCCUCAUUCUUAAAUCAUAUUCCAGUUGAGAUCUUAGUGUACUCGUCCUCGGGUUUAGUUGGUCCCGCUGGCCCAGCUGGACACCCACUCGACGCGAAACACCGGUAUACGAAAGCAAUGUUCGAAGUCCCUCGGCCACAAUUCGUCGCGAACGCCCACGCCGGCGUGCCCUUCAAAGACGCCGUCGUGAUCAACCCGGCGGCAGCAGCUAAACUGCUGAACUCUGCCCUUAAACCGCUCAAGCCCACAGACCAGCCAUUUCAGGUCUCAUCCAUUGGCUUCUUCGAGCAGGGCUUGCUCACAUCGCUGGCAAUUGCAAUGACUCCCGUAGUGGUCGGGAUUGGCUACGGGAUGUAUUUGGCUGGAAAAUGGCUAUUGCCUUAUGUUCGAAGGUAG